GAAAAUGAAGCCUGCCGCAGGCGGCGCUGCAGCUGCUCCAUCACCGUCAUCAUCAGACAAUAGCGCAGGGAGGAGGAGGAGGCGGAGGCAGCACAGGGAUCCCUCGCCGGCUACAGCCCAUGAAGGGGGAACCAAGAGAGCUCCGAGACACCCAGGAAGGCCCGGAUCUCCUCUUCCCGCUGGAAAUAGUGGAAGCACCGGGGCGAGGGAGAGUUUAAGGUCCGCUGACGGAAGGGAGAGGGAGCCCAAGAGGCGCGCCGGAGCAGCUGUUCACCCGGAUGGUGCUGAAGCUGAUGUAGUCAGAGCAAACAGGGCGGAUGCUGUCGGGGAAGCUCCGACAGAUUCAUCAGCAUCGGCCCGUCGCUCUGUUUUACCCCUGCCCUGCCUCAAAGGCAAUUCCUCCCGGCGUUUGUUGCCAAGCAGAGGCUCGUUUUCCUUCCCCGCGGAGGUGAGAGAGGGGACGCCCGGAGAGGAAGGCGGAAGGAGCCGGGAAAGAAGCGUCGCGUCAGCGGGCUGCGGCCUCGCCUCUUUGGGUCUGUGGAGCGGAGGAUGCUUGCAGGCUGAACUCAUCCAGUUCCAUUUGCAGAAGAGACUAAGAAGAAGCGGGGCAAAGAUGCAAACCAAGACCGAGAACAUGGGGCCAGAGGAGGCCGCAGAGGGAGAGCCGAGGCCGGCUGCAGAGGAGACAGAGGCGGGGUCCGUGACACAGCAAGACCAGGCCUUGGAGGACGAGGUGGAGAGGUUGCUUGACGAAAAUGAUGAUCUUAAGUGUGAAAUUGAGGAGAUGAGAGCCGAGAUGGACGAGAUGCGAGACACAUUCUACGAGGAGGACACGUGUCAGCUGCAGGAGAUGAGACGUGAGCUGGAGAGGGCCAAUAAAAACUGCCGGAUCCUGCAGUAUCGUCUGAGGAAGGCGGAAAGGAAGAAGCUGCGCUACGCACAGACAGGAGAGAUCGAUGAGGAGCUGCUCAGGAGUCUGGAGCAGGACCUGAAGGUAGCGAAGGAUGUGUCUGUGAGGCUGCACCAUGAGCUGGAAAAGGUGGAGGAGAAACGAACAAAGACCGAGGACGAGAAUGAGAAACUGAGACAGAAACUCAUAGAGGUGGAAGUGAACAAACAAGCCCUGCAGAAUGAACUGGAAAAAACCAAAGAGUCUCAGAAGAGAAGAGGAAGCAAGGACAUCCAGAAGACUGACCGGAAAUCAGCACAAACUCCUACCGAGGAGGACAAUGAGGACCUUAAGUGCCAGCUAGCUUUUAUCAAAGAGGAAGCAGUGCUUAUGAGGAAGAAAACAGCCAAGAUUGACAAAGAGAAGGACCGUCUAGAGCAAGAGCUGCAGAAGUACCGCUCCUUCUAUGGGGAACUGGACAGCACCCAUCCUAAAGGAGAGGCUGGGGGUCCGCCCACCACUCGCGAGUCAGAGCUCAAGUUACGGCUACGCCUGGUAGAGGAGGAGGCCAACAUUCUGGGGAGGAAAAUAGUAGAGUUGGAGGUUGAAAAUCGUGGGCUGAGGGCCGAGCUCGACGACAUCCGUGGUGAAGGAGAGGGCGCAGGAAGCUCUGAGUGCGGAGCAAUGGGCGGGUCCGGCUCUGGGCGAGGCCUUGGUGAUGACCUGACGGAGCUCCGACAGCAGCUGCAGCUGGUAGAAGACGAGGCAGAGCUGCUGAGGAGGAACCUGGCCGAUGUUGAAGAUCAAAACAAGAAAGUGACCACUGAGCUGAACAAGUUACGUUUCAAAGCCGGCACCCACGAGGGAGGCGGCAGGCACGGGGGAGGAGGAGGAGGUGGCGGCAUUGAUGGAGCAAAGGUGGAAGCCCUGCAGGAGGAGUUAAAGGCAGCAAGGCUACAGAUUAAUGACCUAAGUGGCAAGGUGAUGCAGUUGCAGUAUGAGAACCGUGUGCUCCUAUCCAACAUGCAACGCUAUGACCUGGCCUCCCACCUCUCCCUGCGUCCCAGCCCACGGGACAGUGACGUAGAGAGCGAUGCAGGCGGAGCCACAAGUGGUCGCCGUGAGAGCGAUGAGGACUCCACCUCCUCACGCCUCGUCCCACCCCACCGCAAACGCGAGGGCCCUGUAGGUGGGGAAAGUGACCCAGACGAGGUUAGAAACACUAACGGAAGCAGCCGCUGCCUGACACCCACAAGGGGCCUCUACACCCCCACCGGGCCUGAGGGUGCCGCGUCAUCCCCCUUGGCCCGCUUCCUGCCUGGUGGCCGGUGCAGCUUGCUCGAAAGGCAACACAUGACUGACAUCCGCAUGGAGGCAGAGAGGCUUGUUCGGACCAUUGACCGGCUCAUCGCUGAUACGGCCACGAUCAUCUCAGAGGCGAGGGUAUUUGUGUCGAACGGAGACCUGAUGUUCAGGAGAGGAGGGGAGGAAGGCGGAGAGGAAGAUGGCAGCCGGAUCAGGGAACACGAGCUGCUGUAUCGGAUUAACGCCCAGAUGAAGGCCUUCCGCAAAGAACUGCAGACGUUUAUAGAGAGACUGGAAGUGCCUCGACCCGAGGGCAGGGACACAGAGGAGCCUCUGUCGAUGUUCCAGCCUAUCAUUUUGCUCAUCCUCAUACUUGUGUUAUUCUCGUCCCUCUCUUACGCCACCAUCUUUAAACUAGUCUUUCUUUUUACUCUUUUCUUUGUUCUGUGAUGUACGCCUCCCUUAAUUCAAAUCAUUCCUCGUUUGUUUUUGCUGUUGUUUUUCAUUCCUCCCCGCAUCAUUUGUUGCCAAGGUAACCAAAAGCACAGAAAAAGCUCAGCACUUGCCAAGGCUGCAACCACAUUCAAGAGAGUGCGGCUUGAUUCAACACUGCAGUCUAUAUUACUCAUUACACAUCACUGGCCACGUCUAUCCCUAAAGAAGUGUUUCCUGGCCAUUGAUCCUUGAAACCCUAGGGUAACCUCUGACAGUAAAGUGAAACAGGAGAAAGGGGAAAUUGGCAUUUAAAGGGGCCUCUGGGUAUUGACCAGCCUGCGUCAUGGCAGCCAUUGAUCUGGAGCGUGCACUGGAGCACGGUGGCAGGGGCUGGGGGCAGGAGAGGCCAGAGAUGAUGGACAACUUCGACUCAGAGAUGCAGGAGUGGGAGGACCAACUUCAAGACAUCCAGAAAAAAAUUGAAGAGUUGUACACUGAAGUCCAGGCUCGGAGAGGAGCAAACGAUAUCCCUACUGACAACCAGAAGAAUGGCGGCGAGUUGGAGUGCGGCCUGGGGCAACAUGGCAAUGGUCUCUUUGCGCCCGACCAUCACAGCAAGAAUCACCCUGGAGCUAUAACCGUGCCACAUGACUAUAGUAACGGCCGUAACUAUAGCCCCAGUGGGUACAGCUACCCAGGGAGUCAUCAGAAUGGCUAUGGUUAUUGCAACGCCAACUCAGAGAUAGGAGACUUGUUGCAGGAUUAUUUGGAGCAGGGAAGCAAAUAAGCCAGAAGAAUAACGGAGCUCGCCAUGUGCGCUUCAGCGACACAAUCAAGGUGAGCCCGGUGACAGAGAUCAGAAAAGGUUCUGGAAAUGAAAGGCUUGGUCAAGAGCAGUUUGUGGGCAGUUUUGAGGAAACUGAAAACAGAAGGAACCAUGUGUCUCACCUGAAGAGCUCCCCUCGCAGAGAGAGUUCCCCCAACAAAGAAAACACAGGCUCUAAACCUCCUCUUGGACAAAGAGAUGCCCCAGCUGGUCAACCACGCUCACAGCUCCCAAUCACAAAAGCUGAAUCUCCUGCCCUGGACAGGAAGUCUUACAGUCCUGGUGUCAUGGG